UUAUCUGUUAGCUUGGAUGUUUUGAAGUUUUGUAUCUGACGUGGUGCUGUCGAGCUGUCGAAUCAGAAACUUACCUUUCCUUUACAUUAAGGAUAACCAAAACGUACGAUUUAUAUUUUCUUUAGAACACUUGAAAAAGGCAAGAAACAAAAAUGUUGGACAGUUUAUUUGACGAUGUUAAGCGAAUGAACAAGAGACAGUUUAUUUACCAAGUUCUUAGCUUUGGUAUGAUAGUAUCGUCAGCUCUUAUGAUAUGGAAGGGUUUAAUGGUCGUAACAGGCAGUGAGAGUCCUAUUGUUGUUGUGCUCUCAGGAAGUAUGGAACCUGCUUUUCAUAGAGGAGAUUUAUUGUUUCUCACUAACUAUCCCGACGAACCAGUGCGUGUCGGUGAAAUUGUAGUUUUUAAAGUGGAGGGCCGUGACAUUCCGAUUGUUCACAGAGUUUUGAAGCUUCAUGAAAAGAACAAUGGCACUGUUAAAUUUUUGACUAAAGGUGACAAUAAUAGUGUUGAUGAUCGAGGUCUAUAUGCUCAGGGUCAACUUUGGCUGACUAAGAAGGAUGUUGUUGGUCGUACUAGAGGAUUUUUACCCUAUGUUGGAAUGGUCACAAUUUAUAUGAAUGAAUAUCCUAAGUUUAAGUUUGCUGUUCUUGGCUGUUUAGCAAUUUAUGUACUAGUACAUAGAGAGUGAAGUUGUAAUUUGAUCUGACGGAGUGAAGAGUAUGUUUGUAAUAAGUAAUAUUGGACUUUCAGAUGUAUUUCCUCUUUUUUAAAUGGAGUUCUCUAGAGUGAAUAUUAUAUUUAUUUUGGUUUAAUAAA